AUGGGCCCCGUCGAAGCCCUGUCAAGGGCGCCUCGACGGGUUGCAUCACCACGCUGGGUAGUUCUAACCCUUCUCCCCCUCAUUCCCCCCAUUCUUCCCCUCAUUUCCCAGCCUUCUCCUCCUCAUUCCCCCCAUUCUUCCCCCUCAUUCCCCCCCUUUUCUCCCUCAACCCCCCCCCCCUUCUCGCCCUCAUUUCCCCCCCUUCUCCCUCUCACUUCCCCCACUGCUCCCCCUCAUUUCCCCUCCUGCUCCUUCUCACUUCCCCCACUGCUCCCCCUCAUUUCCCCUCCUGCUCCUUCUCACUUCCCCCACUGCUCCCCUUCAUUUCCCCCCCUUCUCCCUCUCACUUCCCCCACUGCUCCCCCUCAUUUCCCCUCCUGCUCCUUCUCACUUCCCCCACUGCUCCCCCUCAUUUCCCCUCCUGCUCCUUCUCACUUCCCCCACUGCUCCCCUUCAUUUCCCCUCCUUCUCCUUCUCACUUCCCCCACUGCUCCCCCUCAUUUCCCCUCCUGCUCCUUCUCACUUCCCCCACUGCUCCCCUUCAUUUCCCCUCCUGCUCCUUCUCACUUCCCCCACUGCUCCCCCUCAUUUCCCCUCCUGCUCCUUCUCACUUCCCCCACUGCUCCCCCUCAUUUCCCCUCCUGCUCCUUCUCACUUCCCCCACUGCUCCCCUUCAUUUCCCCUCCUGCUCCUUCUCACUUCCCCCACUGCUCCCCCUCAUUUCCCCUCCUGCUCCUUCUCACUUCCCCCACUGCUCCCCCUCAUUUCCCCUCCUGCUCCUUCUCACUUCCCCCACUGCUCCCCUUCAUUUCCCCUCCUUCUCCUUCUCACUUCCCCCACUGCUCCCCUUCAUUUCCCCUCCUGCUCCUUCUCACUUCCCCCACUGCUCCCCUUCAUUUCCCCUCCUCCUCCCUCUCAUUUCCCCCCUUGCUCCUCUCAUCUCUCCCCCUCCUCCCUCUCAUUUCCCCCCUUGCUCCUCUCAUCUCUCCCCCUCCUCCCUCUCAUUUCCCCCCUUGCUCCUCUCAUCUCUCCCCCUCCUCCCUCUCAUUUCCCCCCUUGCUCCUCUCAUCUCUCCCCCUCUCCCUCUCAUUUCCCCCCUUGCUCCUCUCAUCUCUCCCCCUCCUCCCUCUCAUUUCCCCCCUUGCCGCCUCUCACUUCCACCCUUGCUCACUCUCGCUUCCCCGCUUCCCUCUCAUUUCCCUCCUUCACCCCUUCAUUUCCCAACCUAAACCCUUAUUUUCCCCACCUUGCUCCCCGUCAUUUCCCCCCCUUCUCCCCUUAUUUUUCCCACCUUGCUCCCCUUCAUUUCCCUCCCAGCUCUGGCAUAGCCCCACUGCCCUCCCGUCCUUUUCAUCUUCCCUCCCUUACAGGGUGGAUCCCUUGCAAAAUACUGCCCCCCACUCGCUCCCUUCCAUUCUCCCUUCCACGCUCUCCCAUCGCCAUGCCUUAAUUUCUCAUCCCCCCUCCUUCCAGGGUCAUCUCACCUCCCAUGAGAUCCCACUCGCUCCUUCAGUCCCUGCCCAUACUGCCGCCGCUGCUGCCUUUGCCGGAGCUGCCUCUGCUGCCACACCCAGUGUUCCUUCCUUUGCUCCUACUGGACCUAGCAUUUGUGGAGCAAAUGUAGCAGCAGCUCCCACGAGGAGUUGGAGCUGGGAUGAUCUUGCAAGAACAGCGGCAGGUGCAUGGGCAGCAACAGCAGAACCAAGAGCGAGUGGACCCUGCUGCGGUCUCACAGCCGAGCGCGCUCAUGAGUGCGCAAGCCGCAGGAGAUGCAGCAUGCCGGGUCUCUCACGCUGGGUGCACACUAUCGAAGCAGCCAUGUCAGCAGUGGACUGGGGAGCGAGCAGGGUGUGA